GGGAGGAGGAGGAGGAGUAACCGGACACCGACCCCCCAGAGCUGCUGCUGGCUGCUCAGAGUGGAGCAGAGCCCGGCGGCAGCAGCAGCAGCGGGGCGGUCACCUAGUUAACCCCGCAGACAGAGAGCGGAGGCGCGGCGGAGCAGAGCAGGAGGCUCCGGUCCUCCCUGCCGAACUUUCCCCGGCUUUGAACCUCUUUCAGCGGUUGCUGCCGCUCCACAGAGCUGCGUGGACGAAUAACGGAGUUCUGCGAAAGUGGGAGAAGUUCCGUCCUAAGCAGCCUGACAGCCGCUGAGAUGAAGAAGAACAGCUCCGGGAAACGGGGCCCGGCGGACUCGGCGCAGCAGAACUCUCCACCAGACAAAGCGGGCUGGAUCAAAAAGUUCAGUGGGAAGGGGAUCUUCAGGGAGAUCUGGAAGAACCGCUUCGUGGUUCUUAAAGGAGACCAGCUGUUUAUCAGCGAGAAGGAGGUUAAGGAGCUGGGUCGGGCCGAUGAAGUCCUGGACCUGUCCGACUACGAACGCUGUGAAGAGAUCAGGAAGAACAAGAGCCGCAGCAAAAAGAACCACAGCAAGUUCAGACUGCAGCGCUGCAGCUCGCCCGGCAACACGGUUCCCAAUCUGGUGUUCUUGGCCCUGAGUCCAGAGGAGAAGGAGUCCUGGAUCAACAUCCUGAAUGUAGCCAUCACCAGAGCCAAGAACCGGAUCCUGGAUGAGGUUCUGGUGGAGGACUCACAGCUGUCCCAUCUGACCAGAGACCGAGCCAAGAUUCCUCAGAACCGCCGCCUUCCCUCCAGAGGCCACCUACUGGCCGUGGCCUCCACCUCCUCCUCAGACGGGAUGCUGACCCUGGACCUGAUCCAAGAGGAGGACACGGCGUCUCAGAAUGGACUCAACACCCAAGACCUGGACAAACCGGCCUCCCAGCUCAGCCCCGACUGUCCCAGGUCCCAGACAGACAGCGCUCUGUCGGCCGGAACAACCGAGUCUUCCACCAAGUCUCACAGUCUUCCCCGCGAGACGGUGGUGUGGCAGAAAACGGGUCAGAGCCGAACUCCUCAGCCGGACAAACGGCCCAGCGUGGCCGAGAAAAACCGCUGCUCCUCCAUGGACGAGAUCCUGAACCACUCCGAGACCAAAGGUGCCAAGAACAAAACCCCUGUGACAUCACAUUCUCCCACCGCCACGGCAACCGGAACCACGGCGCCCAUCAGCCAGCUGCAGGAGCUCAUCAGCAAGAAGCUGGAGAAGACGGAGAGGCUGCUGACGGAGGUCAGGAGUGACGCGGAGCCUGGGAAGGCGAAGGGGGGGAAACCGUCAGGGGAUGGGUCCCGCGCCGAGGCGGAGAGACUCCUGAAGGAGGCCGCUGAGGCCUGGAACCAGGCCCGGGAGGUUCUGGAGGAAGUCAAAGAGCUGAAGGCAUUGUACCAGCAGCUGCAACCCGGAUCCUCCCCCUCCAACAGCACCAAACAGAACCCUAACCGCAAGAGCCUGAUGUAGGCUGGGAGAGGACUUAGUGAGCUGAACCGGGGCGGCCAGGAAACCCGAACCGCUUACUGGACUUCAGACCAAGGGACCUAAAACUGGAAAAACCACUUUGCUUAUUUCAGGUCAGCUGGGUCCAAAAAAAACGUCUGAAAAAGCAACAGAACCUGAUCAGAUGAGCCUAAUGGUUCUGUUUUCAUAGAAUAAGCUGCUCCGGUUCUGUUGGACCUACUGUCCAGCUGACCUCUCUGGGUACCUGCUGUCUGUCAGGUGACUCCUCAGGUUUCAGCGGGUCGGGUCAAAUGUGGACCUGAGGUUCUGAGGUGAUCCGGGUUCGGGCGACCAAACUGUUCUGAUGCUUCUGUAGGAGCGAAAAUUAUUUAAAUGCUGCUUUUAUUAUUAUUUUUUGCUUCGGUCCAGUUGCUGAACUCAUCCAAACCCAAACUGAUUCAGAACCGACAGACAGCUGCUGGGAGCUCCGGAAUAUUCCGAAGAAAAACCAGCAGAUUUAUUUCUUCAUUUUACUACGGAAGAAAAAAUCAUGAAAGUAAAUAUCUUAACAUUGUGGUUCUGGAUGUGGUUCUGAACCAUUAA